CCGAGAUUUUACUGUAAUAUUUAAAUUAUUCGUCGGCGGUGAUGGCAACAGGCACCCACUUGGUGUUAAAACAACUUUUGGAGCUGGUAGAAGAUAGCAUGUUUGGCUAACAGCUUUAGCUCUGGUCAGUAGGCAGUUCAGUGUCACGCAGCGACGGUUGGGAGCCACCUGACAACCGCUCACAUGAUUUCAACUGCUCUAACCAGAAUACAGACAGCUGGAAUCAGCUUUUUAUUUUAUUUUUCAAUGUGUUUUGGUUCAUAGGGCUAGUUUGGAUCACACGGUUGUCGCUGAAGGGUUUGUUAAGCGACAGACAUACAAAAAAAAAAUAGCAUGUUUGGUAAAAAGAAGAAGGCACCGAUGCCCAAAGGACAGGGCACUGCUGCGGCCAAAAAGAUGGGGUUGUUUGUAGACCUGGACCCUGAGAAGAUGAUGAUGGGUGCGGAGGAAAACCUGGACGACCCUGAUCUGGAGGCUGAACUUGCUGCUAUUACUGGAAAUAAAGCCAAUACAAGAGGAAGAGUCAAGCCGAAGGGGAAAAGCCCUCUGCCCAUGGAAGACAUUGCAAAAAUGGCUGACGAGUGUAUGAAAGAUGUGGACGGGGAUGAUGACGAUAAUGUUGAAGACGAUGAAGAUCUAUUGGCGGAGCUCCAGGAAGUGGUGGGUGAGGAGGAAGCUGGGGAUGCAGAAACUGCUUCCUCCACAUUCUCCGCCUCCGCGGAAUCUUCUCAAGUCGAGGCAGUCGAGUCCCCAGCUGCACAGGAAGUGAAGGUCUCCAAAGCAGCCCCUGGUAGCCUCCAAAAUACUCUGGAGGAGCGAGCAGAGAUGUAUAAGACAGCAAUAAAGAACGCAAAGACUGCAGGAGAGACGUCCAAAGCCAGAAGAUAUGAUCGAGGUCUGAAGUCACUGGAGUCGAUGUUAGCUGCUGUGAAAAAAGGAAAGCCUGUAAACGAAUCAGAGAUCCCACCACCUGUAGCUACCGGAGACCCAGUCGCUGCAUCUCAGCCCGCUGUCCCUGCAAGACCUGCACCUCCUGUACCCUCGCGUCCUGAUCGAGCGCAGCAGGGGGAGACGGAAGCCACGACCCUGCCGACUGCCGUGCCUGAUGCCAUGACACUCAGCAGUGAAGAAGAGCAGUCUUCCUCUGCUACCAUACCAACUCUGAGCAACCUUCCAUCUCCUGAGGAGCCACCUGUGGGAACUGCUGACCUCACUAAGGCCAGUCUGACAGAUUCCAUGACUGAGGGGACAAAGACGAUGCUUUUGGAGAGGCAGAAAGAAUACAAGCUGGCAGCUUUGAGAGCAAAGAAGGAAGGGGAUAUGGAGCAGGCUAAGCUCUACUUCAAGACCAGCAAGAGGUUUGAUGCUGCGAUCGAGGCGUUGGAGAAAGGACAAGCAGUCGACCUCAGUGGCCUCCCUUCAUCUCCUGGAAAGGGUGCAGGAGUGGGCUCUGCUGCAGUGAAUAAACCUCCCUCUGAACACAUCGAGGCCUCCCAACCACCUACAGAAGCCCCUGGUCCUGCUGCCCUUUCAGGUCCCACGGAUGUGCUGGAGGCUCUUGAGCAGAGGCGAGUUAAAUAUGUGGAAGCAUCAAAUCAUGCCAAAGCCAGUGGGGAUGACCGCAAGGCCAGAAUGCACGACCGCAUUGCUAAGCAAUAUCACAGCGCCAUCCGAGCUCACAAAGCUGGGAGACCGGUCAACUUCGAUGAGCUUCCAGUGCCACCUGGCUUUCCUCCGAUCCCUGGCCAAAAGGCGGCAGAUGCUGAGCGAGGGUUUAUCGCUACUCUAGAGGCAGCCAGCAAGCUUGCUUCCCCUGAUGCUCCUGAUGUUGGCGAUGAAGAAGAUGAUGAAGAAAAGGAGGAAGAGUCAAUGGUUGCUGUUCCAGAAAAGCCAAAGAAGCCGACGUUAGAUGUCCCCACAGCUGGUCCAGAGCAAAAACGAUCACCGUUAGCUUCGCCAGGCAGCACAUCUCCAAAGGAAAGCCCCUCGCCAACGGCCGUUCAGCUGCUGGAGCUCUUGGAGAGCAGGAAGAAACAGUACAUGAAGGCAGCUCUGCAGGCAAAACAAAAGAACGACGUGGAACAAGCAAAGGUUUUCCUCCGCACCGCAAAGGGCUUGGACCCCAUGAUCGAAGCAGCACGCAGCGGCAAAACGGUCGACAUCAGCACCUUGCCAUCGCCCCCUGGUGACGAAGAGGACGACUUCAUCCUGGUUCAUCACAGCGACGUGCAGGUUUCAGAGAAAGCAGAGCAGGUUUACACCCAGCUGUCCACCAUCCUGAAAGAGCAGCAUGAGAAAUGCUUGACUUACUCCGAGCAGUUCACUCACCUCGGGAACAUCUCUGAAACAACAAGGUUUGAGAAAAUGGCGGAAAGCUGCAAGAAGAGCAUGGAGGUCCUGAAGCUGGCUCAGUCGAGGGGUCUGCCUCCACCCAAACAUCACUUUGAGGAGAGAUCUUUGCGCACUGUGAGAAUAUUUCCAGAACUGAGCAGCACCGACAUGGUUGUUAUCAUCGUGAAGGGGAUGAAUCUUCCUGCUCCUAGUGGAAUCCAACCAAAUGAUCUGGAUGCUUAUAUCAAGUUUGAUUUUCCCUACCCCAGCGCAGAGCAGCCUCAGAGACACAAAACCAAUGUCAUCAAGAACACUAACUCACCAGAUUAUAACCAGAGCUUCACGCUGUCAAUCACCCGCAACCACCGAGGCUUUAAGAGAGUCGUGACGUCUAAAGGCCUCAAACUGGAGCUGCUGCACAAAGGGGGUUUCCUGCGGAGCGACAAGCCCAUUGGGUCAGCACUCGUAAAGCUGGACAAACUGGAGUCACAGAGUGAAAUCAGGGAGAUUGUGGAGGUGAUGGACGGCCGGAAGCACACAGGAGGUCGGGUCGAGGUGAAGGUUCGACUGCGGGAGCCUCUGAGCGGCCAGGACGUGCAGACGAGCACCGAUCGCUGGCUAGUCAUCGACUCUUCAAAGGGUCCUGUUUAAAUGUUUGUCCAAAUUAAAGAAGAGUUACAGAUGAAGGUGAACAUGGACUCAAUCAGAAACACUUCGGAAGAAAAAGACGAGGUUUGGGAUCUGCUGGGGGCAGUCAGGUGUUCACAUGGGACUCAGGCCUUAACUGAUCUUGGACUUUUGCACAUUAGCACCACAUAGUCUUUUUUUCACAGCUGUCCACCAGGAGGAGACGUUUUACUGUUGUACUGUGGCUCGCUAGAGGGUUCGAGGAGCUGCAUGAAGCAGACUUUAGAGCAGUGAGCUGAAAGCUCUUUAAAUCAGCAAGUAAAAAGACUCAGGCAACGAUCACAGCCGCUUGGACAGUUUCUAGUGAAUCGGCUGCGCUCCAAGUAGGCAGCAGUGUGUCUUCUGCUAAAGUUGAAGAGCUGCCAUUAUCCUGCUGGCUAACUUACGUUUAUUUCAUAUAUGUCAGCAAAUAAUGUGUACAUAUUCCUCCUAUUUAUACAAGUCAAGGAUCUAGAACUUCACUAUGCACUAAUACCAAAGUAAUCAAAGUUGCUGUAAAAUCCAGCAUAUUUAAAUUAUCUUUAUUUGCCAAAUCUGUUAGAGUUGCAGAAAUUUAUAUACACAUUUAUAUGAUACGGCUGACAUGUAUGCAGCUUGGUUUGUUGGAGGUUUUCACUGUUUCCACACAAGGGAUCCAGGUUUCACUGUGGAAACAAGAGGAAUGUCUCCAAAGAUGUUUUACAGGUGAAAGCCAAGAAGUUCUGAUGCUACACAAGGUCUCUUUUUGGUACCUUCUACUUAGACUGGAAGAGGUGUGUUUUGUUUAAAGCAAGGAGCACAAAACCACAGAAAUCUUUAACAUGUGCAGAUAAAGGAGGGGGGUAAAGUUGGUGAGUAAUUUAUCUAAGGUAGCAGUUAAAGGAUUAGUGUGAUGUAAAACAGGAGAUGGUUUAACUGACGUUUAAACAGUCCGCCUUUAUAAAAUAGUUUGUUAAUUCAGCUAAAAACCUUAAUACUGAACUAUCUGUAAGCCAUUUCUGACAAUGUGUCGUUCUGAGAGUACUUUAAAGGGUCAGUCACUAUAAAACAGAACAACUUAAUUCUGAAGCCAGUCAGAUAAUUUUAGUUUUCACGAUUCCUCGUCUGAAACGUUUAGAUUUGAAGUAUGCCUCGUCACCGUGCACCAACUGGAGGACUCUUAGGCUGUAGGGCUGUUGAGGGUGAUUUGAGUUUCAGUGCCAGCCACUUUUAUUGGCACCUUUUUAAUGAAGAUGUCUGAAAGAAAAGCCUUAAAAUAAAUGAGUCACUCAUUGCAGAGGCAAAGUCUUAUACUGAACAUUUUAGAAAAAUCCAACUUUUUAUGUGGAGUACAUUUAUUCACUGAAGAAAAGCAAUUAUUUUAGUAAAUCACUGGUGGUACCAACCCUCAGAAACCUCUUUUAAAAUAAAUGUAACUGGAGAAUUUUAAAAACACAAAUGCCUCAAUUUUUAAAGUUGAUCAGAGUUUCUAGGAACUUCUGAUUAAAAAUCAGUUACUUUGUGUUUCCCCGGGGGAUAAAUAUGGCGUGGCACAGAGGCCCGUUUCUGUUAGCCACUGGUUUCCAGGCUGGACGAAGACCCGAGUUCAUCUUGGCACCGAACACAGUGAACAGGAUGGGACUGCAGGUAAUAAACCAUCAUCGAAACUCACAGUUCAGCAGCAGCAAAUGACAGCAUUUAAGGUUCAUAAGGUCUCAAUAACAGCCAUUAGAACAGGGCUGUCCAAAGUAAGGUUAGCGGGCCAUUUCUGGCCCGUGACCACAAUUUGGGAACGCUUUGAAUUUCACUUCAACACGGGUUAAUGUAGAGAUAUAGAUGGAGAUAUUCUUAAUAAAUUUAAAUAUUUAUAAAAUAGGUACGGCAGAGUAUGCCUCUUUCAUUAACCCUGGAUUUUGUUUUUGUUUUUUGCCUCAAUUUUAAUUUCAUUGUAAAUGGGGCCAAAAUAAAUCCAGCAACUUGUAUUCAAACAGCCUUGGACCCACCUGUUCACUAAACCUGGCCAAAGGUGCGUUUUCCAAGAAGGAAUGACCAAAUUGUGUUCUAGUAGCUGAGAAUGAAUCACAGAAAUGUAAUUUCUGAUCAACGAUCAACACAAAUUACAAAAUUGCGCACUUUUCUUUUAAUCAAGCAAACAUGUGAGCGCCGUUUUAUUUUUUGGUUCUACAAUGAUUUACAGAUCCCUUUCCUAAAAAAAAAUCACAAAUUUUUCUCAAAUUUUCCUGCGAGUUUAUGCUGCUGCUGUGAAAGAUGAAUUUAUUUUGAGGCUUUUUGCACAUGCGGUAAAUGUGGCUCAGGUGGCAACGUUAGCAGCUAAAGAGGGGGGAGUACUUUUCACAGGUAGCGACAGAAAUAAAAAUAAUUAUUUAAUAACAUUUCGUUUGGGCAAAUUUCUUUUCUAGAAAUAAAAUGCGUUAAGACUUCGACCAAGACAGGAGAAACGGUUAACUGAGUGAGCUGGCCCUUUAAAAUUGCUAGUUUCAUUGUAAAUGAAGCCAUAUCAAACCUACUGAGCCAAAUGAGUAAAUGACAAUUUCCUGAAUAGGUUUCACCUCAACUCUUGAGUUUGGUCAAAACAUUUCAGAUUUUGGCUUUAUUCUGUGCAGACAAAAAUACUUUGAUUUAUAUUCAGCCACUAUUUUGUUUUCUAGCGUUUAAUUAACUACAGGUUUACAAAAAAUGGUAAAUGUCUUGUUCAUAAUGCUGAAAAGCUCCAACUAAUGUACGAUGGCAUCAAAGGCUGUGUGAUGAACUGAGUAAUCAUGCUUCAGUGUAUCAAAUCCCAUAAUUUUACUGUUAAUUUAAUUUUCUUGCAUGUUUUUCUGCAAAAAAGAAUAAAAGCAGAACUCGUUUCA